AUGUCUACCUACAAGAGACCCCAGUCAGAGCCUAUUGCCAUUGUUGGCACAGGCUGUCGAUUCGCUGGCGACGUUACAUCACCAUCAAAACUCUGGGAAUUACUCACUCACCCUCGGUAUCUAUCACAAGAGGUCCCAAACAACCGUUUCAACGCACAGGGGUUCUACCACCCAGACGGCGAGUACCAUGGAGCCACCAAUGCAACACAGGGCUACUUCCUCGAGCAAGAUCACCGUGUAUGGGAUGCCGGGUUCUUCAACAUCACACCCAAGGAGGCUGAGGCCAUCGACCCUCAACAACGCAUUAUCCUCGAGGUCGUCUACGAAGCUUUAGAAUCGGCCGGAUACAAUCUCGAGAAAUACGCUGGCAAGAAGGUAGCCGUAUACGCCGGGCUUAUGACCGCUGACUACGACUCAUUAUGCCAAAGGGACGAUAUCACCUCGAACCAGUACUUCGCCACUGGAAACUCCCGAGCUAUUCUCUCCAACAGGAUAUCAUACUUCUUCAACUUCCGCGGUCCUUCAAUGACCAUCGACACAGCAUGCUCAUCAAGUCUCGUGGCCCUGCACCAGGCCGUGCUGAGUCUCCGAUCCGGCGAGUGUGAGAUGGCCUGUGUGGCCGGUGCCAACUUGAUGAUCACCCCCGAGCAAUUCAUCAGCGAAGCCAGUCUGCACAUGCUCAGCCCUACGGGUACAUCAAAGAUGUGGGAUAUCAGUGCAGACGGAUAUGCCCGCGGUGAAGGCUUUGCGGCCCUCUUCAUUAAGCCGCUCUCACAGGCUUUGAGGGAUGGCGACUCCAUCAUUAGCAUCGUCAGAGAGACCGGCGUCAACUCGGACGGACGCACGCAGGGUAUCACCAUGCCCAGCCCCCCCGCCCAAGCCGAGUUAAUUCGGGACACAUACCGUAGAUCCGGUCUGGAUUCUCAGAACCCCGUCGACAGACCUCAGUACUUCGAGGCCCACGGAACGGGCACCCAAGCCGGAGACCCAAGGGAGGCCCAGGCCAUUUCAACUGCAUUCUUUGGCAACGAGGCCAAGUCCACUGCCGAAAGUGAAGAUAAGAAGCUUGUAGUCGGAUCCAUCAAGACGGUCAUUGGUCACACGGAAGGCGCCGCGGGUCUAGCCGGUCUGCUGAAGGUGGUCCACUCCAUGAUCAACAACUCCAUUCCACCCAACCUGCAUCUCAACACCCUCAACCCUAGCGUGAAGCCGUUUUACGGCCACCUUCGUAUCCCUGUCGACAUUGUCCCUUGGCCUCAAGCCCCGAUUGGCCAGCCCCUCCGAGGAAGUGUUAACUCCUUCGGCUUCGGCGGCACCAACUCCCAUGCCAUCAUCGAGAGGUACGAGCCGAGCAUCCACGACGAAGUCGCGAAGCACUUCGCUCCGGCAUUGGAGGCGCGAGUCUCCUCGCCGUCGACCACGUCCUACGACGCCGAAGCGCCCGCCGUUGGACUUCCCCUAGUCAUCUCUGCCAAGUCGCAAAAGUCUCUUGUUGCCGUGGUCCAGGCCCUGCGCGACUUCAUGGCGUCUACCGACAAGUCGGCUGACGAGGUCGCUUACAACCUCAACGCCCACCGUUCAGCCCUGACUUACCGCACCUCCAUCAGCGCAGACUCCCGCGAUGGAGUCAUUGCCGCCCUCGAUAACCUCCUUUCCAAGGCCGGGUCUUCUUCCAACCCUGAGCUUGGUGUUCGCGCUAAGCUCGACGGCGGCGAGGUCAAGAUUCUCGGAAUCUUCACCGGCCAGGGCGCGCAAUGGUCUGGUAUGGGCCGCAAGCUCUUUCACUCGAGCAGCGUCUAUCAAAACACCAUUGAAGACCUCGAGAAGGUUCUCAAAACCUGCCCCCACCCCCCCACGUGGUCACUCGUUGAGGAACUCAUCCAUCAGGAGGACCCUACACGCAUCAACAUUGCCGCCCUCUCCCAGCCUCUUUGCACUGCGGUGCAGAUCGCCCUCAUUGACCUCCUCAAUAGCAUCAAUGUUUCCUUCCACACCGUCGUCGGUCACUCAUCCGGUGAGAUCGGAGCCGCCUAUGCUGCCGGCGUGCUUAGCGCCCGCGAUGCGAUGCUUAUCUCUUACUACAGGGGUAUGUCUGCUCACCUCGCUGGCGGCAAAAACGGCGAGAGGGGCAUGAUGAUGGCUGUCGGUAUGACCCGCGCAGAGGCGUCAGAUCUUUGCAAUCGGGACGACAUCAACGGCCGCAUCUGGGUUGCUGCAAGCAAUGCGCCGACCAGUGUCACGCUCUCUGGAGAUAUGGAUGCGGUCAAGGCUCUCCAGGUUGAGUUGACCGAGGAGAAGAAGUUUGCUCGUCUUCUGGUUGUCGACACCGCUUACCACUCUGCCCACAUGGAGAGGCCUGCUGCCAAGUACAUGGAGGACUUGGCUGGCUGCGGUAUCGAGCCGAGACAGCGCAACUCAACCGUCUGGAUUUCCAGUGUUUAUGCUGACGGCACCGAGCCGAGCAUCGAAGAGCUCAAGGGCUCUUACUGGAAGGACAACAUGGUCAAGGCUGUCUCUUUCUAUGAGGCAAUCGACCUUGCUCUCAGCUCCCAAGGGCCUUUCGCCAGUGCCGUUGAGGUUGGCCCUCACCCCGCAUUGAAGGGCCCCGCCCAGCAGACCGUCAAAGCUGCCACCGGCGGAGCUCUCUCGUAUGCCGGUUUGCUUGAUCGCAAAAAGGACGACAGGCACGCCUUUGCCGAGUUUCUGGGCUUCACUUGGAACUACUUUGGUACUGAUGCCAUCGACUGGAAGCUCCUUGUUGCACAGUCUUCUCAGCCUGGCCUCUCGUCUUCGAGGAUCGACCUUCCAUCCUACCCAUGGGACCACAGCCAGAUGCAUUACCGCGAGUCUCGCAUCGCUCACCAAUACCAUUUCCGUGAGAAGGGUCCUCACGAGCUUCUAGGUGUCCGCACUCGCGACGAUACAGAAUUCGAGCUGAGAUGGCGCAACAUCCUCAAGCUCGAGACUGUUCCCUGGAUUCAGCACCACAAGUUCCAAGGUCAGGCUUUGCUUCCUGCCUCCGCCUACUGCGUGCUCGCUCUGGAUGCUGCCAAGGCCGUUCUGAACGGCCGUGAAGCUUCGGUUGUUGAGCUCACCGACCUUGAGUUCAUGAGCGGUAUCUCUCUCGAAGCGAACACCUACGGUGUCGAGAUCUUGGUCGCGUUGAGCAUCCAGCCUCCUUCCACCAAGGGACGCUUAGCUGGCAAGAUCAUCGAAGGUGUCUUCACCAUCACAUCAUGCUACGCCGACGGUGUCACUCCCAUGCAGAAGAACUUCACUGGCAAUCUGCGUAUCUACCUUGGCGAGCCUUCUGAGGAUGCCCUUCCAGCGCGCGAUCCCUCCAUGGCCGAGACGCUCCCCGCCGACACCGACUCCUUCUACCAGAUGAUGUCAGAGAUUGGAUUGGACUACACAGGUCCAUUCCGCGCUCUGCAGGGCAUCGAUCGCAGAUACAACUUCUGCUCGGCUACUCUCCAGAAGUUCCACGAGACUGACACCACCGGACUCGGAGUCAGCCCCGCCACCCUGGACAGUUGCUUCCACUCCGUGUUCGCCGCUGUGGCAUCGCCCGGCGACAAGUCUCUGUGGACUUCCUUCCUUCCUAGGAGCAUCGAGAAGAUUCGCUUCAACCUCGCGCUCUGCGACGGCAAGCCUGCCGACAACGCAUCCUUGGUUGUCGACUCGGUCAUUACGCAGGAGAUUCCUCGCACAAAGACUGCGACAACCAAGUUUGUGGGCGACAUGAGCAUCUACAACCCCGAUGGAGAGAUGGAGAUCCAGGUCGAAGGCCUAAUGGUCGCCUCCUUUGCCAACUCGAAGCCCGAGGACGACAAAGAGCUUUACCUGACCACUGUGUGCGAUCUGGACCCUGAGCACGAGAUCAUUGCCGCAGACUUGAGCCAAGAGGAUGUCGCCACCGAGCGUAUCUUGCUCGAGGCCUGCGAGAGAGUCGCGCGCUUCUACAUCCACGAUGACUCGCUCAAGGACCUCUCAUCUUCGCCCGUAAUCUUCACUCCGCCAGCCACGCCCAUGUCGCCUCCCAAGACCGCGCCGUCAGAAGCAACUCCCAGCCCCUGGCAACAAGACACAGCCGAGUCCUUAGAUGCCUACAUCCUGCAGUCUCCUUUUCAGCACGCCCUGAGCUUCAUCCGAUUGCUUGGGGAGAACAUCCCUGAUGUCCUCCCCGCGAUGCUCUCGACCAUCAUCCAGGAGGCAAAGCAGCUCCAUCGCUUCCGCUCCCACGUCAGCCGCGUCGUCUCCCAGAUCGCUCACCGAUACCCUCGCAUGCGGGUGCUCGGUUUGACCGACCCCGAGACGGCGCUCACCGAGCACGUCAUUGACGGCUUCAAGGGGUCGUUCGUGUCUUACACCAUCGGCACCGAGACCGAACCGAAUCUGUUGGCGAGAGUCUCGUCUGAUGCGAUCAAGAAGAAGAUCGACACCGAGCACACCAAGAUCCUUGACAACGAGGAUAACUCGUCUCUUCAGCCAUUUGAUCUGGUUGUCCUGACGACUUCGAUUGUCAAGGGCGCUGAGCAGCGCGCCAAGCUUAAGCAGGUUCAGAGCCUCAUGAAGCCUGGUGGUUUCCUCAUCCUCAUUCACGAGUCUAUGAGUCCCCUUCGUGACAGACUUCGUCGUGCCUUUGGCGUGAAGCGGCAGGCUGAAUUGCCACUUACCCCUCCCGAGUGGCCCGACCUGCUCGACGAGUGUGGCUUCGCGCGCGUCUCCAAGAACGCUGAGCAGUUCUUCGCUCCCGACUUCUCACUCAUCGUCAGGCAGGCUGAGUCGGACAUCAAGCAGGCGGCGCUCAGCCCCCUCACCAGCUCUGUUCCCAAGGUAAUGGGUCACACCCUCAUCAUCGGUGCCGCGGAGAACACGGCCGAUCUGUCCGCCGAGGUUCACCAGAAGCUGGGGCCGUUGUGCCACAGCAUCGACAUCAUUGCCGAUCUGGACUCUCUCCAGCCCGCUGUCUUCAACGAGAUCGGCUCCGUCAUCUUCCUUGCGGAUCUAGAUGAGCCCAUGAUGAGCACCAUGACGCCCGAGCGUCUCGAUCUUUUCCGUGCUCUGAUGGCACCUGAGAAGGUUGUCCUCUGGGUCACGAUGAACUCGCGUGCUGGCAACCCGGAGCACGCGGCCACGUUUGGCUUCUGCCGAUCCAUGCUGGCCGAGAUCCCCAGUCUGAAGCUCCAGUUGCUCGACCUAGAUUCCCGCCGCGACUCAAGCGACCUUGUCGCUGAGACCUUCCUUCGUCUUAGCAUGAAGGCUUUGCGCAACGCUGCUCAGGAUGGGAAGCUGUUGUGGACUCCCGAGAAUGAGAUCUUCAUGGAGCAUGGCAAGAGGCUUAUCCCCCGUCUUCUUCCCUGGAAGGAGGGCAACGACCGUGUCAACUGUCCUCGCCGACUGGUUGCUGACGAGGUCAAUACUCUCAAGCAGUGUGUCGAGGUUGUCUCUGCUCAGUCUGGAGACGGUUCCGCGGUCUACACCGCCAACAUUGUCGAGGAGACCGACAUCGACGACGCCGUAGCGAUUCCCGAUCAGAGCGUCAUCCAGGUCAAGUACAGCUCAGUGGAGGUCAUUAACUUUGGCCUGAAGUACGCUUCCCAUGUCUGCAUCGGCAAGGAGGUCACCUCUGGCGAGCUGUGUCUUGCCAUGACCAAGUCCAACUCCUCCUACGUCACUGUCCCCAACUCCUGCGUCUUCCAGCUCAGUAGCAGCAACAUCGAGCCCAAGGUCCUGCUGGGUCUUGUCCUGAGGUACCUUGUGGCCUUGUCUGUCGCCGAAGACAUGAUGGAGAAGACUGUGCUUCUCCUGGAGCCCGAUGCCGCUCUUCUGGAGUGUAUGAAGGAGGUCUUUGAGGCAAAGGGCGCGAAUGUCAUCGCUUGCACCACCAGCGGAUCGAAGCGCAAGGCUUUCAGCCAACGCUACAUUCAUCCUUACGCUAGCAACCGCGAGCUCAAGGCCCUCUUCCCUGCCGAUGGUGCUUCCGUCAUCGACUUCCUCCCUGAGGGCAGCGAGCUUUCCGAGACCAUCCUCGAUUGCCUUCCCGAGAACUGCGAGUACCAUUCUCGCUUUUCUCUCUUGACUUCCGAGCACGUCGUCGCUCUUGGUGACUCCAUGGACAUUGAGGACCUAUGGGAGACGGCUAUCGGAAAGGCAAUCACCAACGUCAGAAGCAUGAAGAGCCAGGUUGGCUUCCAGAGCCUGGAUUCCAUUUCAGUUCCCCAGCUUCUCGACCAGACCGGCAGCAGCAAGCCCUUCCAGAUCCUCGACUGGCGCGCUGAGCGCGAGGUACAGCACAUCGCCAAGCCUCUCUUUGGCACGCAGCUCCUCCGCCCGUACAAGACCUACGUCCUCGUCGGCCUGACGCGCGACAUGGGCCAGAGUUUGUGCAACCUCUUCUUCGAGCACGGCGCGCGCCACAUUGUCCUUGCCAGUCGCAACCCCAACAUGCAGCCCCAGUGGAUCGAGGACCUGAGCGCCAAGGGCUGUGAGGUGCGCAUCGAGAGGCUUGAUGUUACUAGCAUCGAGAGCGUGCGGGCUUUCAAGCUGAGGCUUGCGCAGGAGAUGCCGCCUGUUGCUGGUGUCAUUAACGGCGCCAUGGUACUUGAUGACCGCGUCUUUGCCCAGAUGGAUGUUGAGACCUGGGACAGGGUCAUGCGUCCCAAGACUGUUGGCUCGAGCAACCUUGACGAGAUCUUUUGCGAGGCUGAUAUGGAAUUCUUCAUCAUGACUUCGUCCUUUGCGGCGCCCGGUGGUCACGGCGGACAGUCCAACUACGCCGCAGCCAAUAUGUAUAUGAAUGGUCUCGCCGCGAACCGUCGCAUCCGCGGCCUCGCAGGCUCAGUCCUCAACAUCGGCGUCAUCUACGGUCUCGGUCUUCUUCACCGCGAGCGCACCGAUAUUUACGCCUUCCUCGAGAAGGACGGCUACCCGCCCAUCUCGGAGCGCGACAUCCACCACAUGUUCCUCGAGGCCAUCGUUGCCGGUCGCCCCCUUGAUGGCCAGAUCUACGACAUCACCACCGGUUUGAGCCGCUAUAACGCUAACCGCGAGGACAAGCUUCACUGGCAGCUUGACCCUCGUUUCUCGCACUUCACCUUCGAGGACGACGACGAGGGUGCGGAGGGCGAGGGUGAAGGCAAGCAGAGCCUGAGGGAGAAGAUCAAGGCCGUCGAGGGCGGUGUUGAGGAGGUUGCGCUGGUGCUUACUGAGGGCUUUGCGAGGUACCUCGAGGUUGUACUGGGACAAGGCGAGGGGAGCGUCAAGGGUGAGCACAGCGUUGGCGAGCUCGGCAUGGACUCGCUUGUUGCUGUGGAGGUGAGAGGAUGGUUUUGGAAGGUGAUUGAGAGGGAUGUUUCGGUGAUGAAGAUUCUGGGCAGCGCGAGCGUUGCAAAGUUGUGCCUCGAGAUUGCUGAUGGCUACAUAAAUGAGAAGAACAAGGCAUAA